GCAGCGCUGUGGCGGCUGCUGAGACGGCUGGGGAAGGCGGUGGCGGCGGCGGCUCGGCCCGAGUCCUGCUCCCGCGCCAUUUCGACCCGGAGCGAGCGCGGCGCCGGCCUGAAGGCGGCGGCGGGAGCCUGAGGCGCGGCGGCUCCGCGGCGCGGAGAGAGGCCUGCUGAAAAUGACUGAGUAUAAACUUGUGGUAGUUGGAGCUGGUGGCGUAGGCAAGAGUGCCUUGACGAUACAGCUAAUUCAGAAUCACUUUGUGGAUGAAUAUGAUCCUACGAUAGAGGACUCCUACAGGAAACAAGUAGUAAUUGAUGGAGAAACCUGUCUCUUGGAUAUUCUCGACACAGCAGGUCAAGAGGAGUACAGUGCAAUGAGGGACCAGUACAUGAGAACUGGGGAGGGCUUUCUUUGUGUAUUUGCCAUAAAUAAUACUAAAUCAUUUGAAGAUAUUCACCAUUAUAGAGAACAAAUUAAAAGAGUAAAGGACUCUGAAGAUGUGCCUAUGGUCCUAGUAGGGAAUAAGUGUGACUUGCCUUCUAGAACAGUGGACACGAAACAGGCUCAGGAGUUAGCAAGGAGUUAUGGGAUUCCAUUCAUUGAGACCUCAGCGAAGACAAGACAGGGUGUUGACGAUGCCUUCUAUACAUUAGUCCGAGAAAUUCGAAAACAUAAAGAAAAGAUGAGCAAAGAUGGGAAAAAGAAGAAGAAGAAGUCAAGGACAAGGUGUAUAGUCAUGUGAAUAGUUUGUACUCUUUCUUAAGGCACACUUAAGUAAAGUGUGAUUUUUGUACAUUACACUAAAUUAUUAGCAUUUGUUUUAGCAUUACCUAAUCUUUUUUUUUCUGUUCGUGCAAACUGUCAGCUUUUAUCUUAAAUGCUUAUUUUAAAAGGACAGUGGAAACCUUCUUUUCUCUAAGUGCCAGUAUUCCCUGGGUUUUGGACUUAAACUAGCAAUGCCUGUGGAAGAGACUAAAGACCUGAGACUCUGUCUUGGGGUUUGGUGCAUGCAGUUGAUUCCUUGCUAGUUCUCUACCAACUGUGAACAUUGGUGUGAACCAGAAUAAUGAAGCUUUUGAACCAUCCCUACUCUGUGUUCCAUGUAGUCAUCAAAUGGAUUCAUUAGUAAUUACAGCUUCACUUGAGACCUUGUGGUUGGUUCUCCUAAGACUAAGGGAUUAUGGAUUUAUGGGCUUCCCUUUGAUUCACUUCCAGCAUGUCCUAGAAUUUAUCAUCCUUCAUAAGUGUAGUUAGACUGUUCACAAAAGGCUUUCUCUAGCUUUCCACUGCUAGUAAUCUUGCUCACUCCCCCAAAUAGUAUAUUUUUUCUAGAAAAGGGGAAAAAAUGAAAAAAAAAAAAAAAAAAAAGGCAAUGGGAAAUGUUGAAAUCCAUUCAGUUUCCAUGUUAGCUAAAUUACUGUAAGAUUCCUAUAAUAGCUUUUCCUGGUAAGGCAGACCCAGUAUGAAAUAGUAACCAUUUGGGCUAUAUUUACAUGCUACUAAAUUUUUGUAAUAACUCAAACUGUAACAUAUAUAAACAGUUCUCAUAAGAACUAAGUACAAUUCCCCUUUGUCAGAUUGUUCUAUCCUAACUUUCAAGUCUUAUUUGAAUUGUGUUGUUGAAAGUAGUCUUAAUGGUUGUGAAGCUGAAGAUGAUUUGAGACAGUUGUAGCUUAGUGGAUGUUAAGGAGACCAGAGUUGCAGGGUUGGGCCUUACAUGAACAUGUAAUGGACAUGUAAUGUGUAUCUGUUACAUGUGAUGAAUGCUACUGGUUUUGUAGCACUGCUGCAUUCAGUGUUGGCCAUGCAUUGUUUGGUACCUGGGGGAUGAGGGAAGAGAGUUUGAUGGCUUAGUACAAUGCAUUCUCACCAUGUAACAGUCCUACUGACAAAUCAAGAAAGUUCUUUUGUUUAUAAUAAUAAUAAUAAUAAACAAUUUAAAAUACAUUUCGAUGUUCGCUUCAAGGUUGAGAUUUUGGGGUAGGAGACUACAAGCAGAGUAAAUCUUUAAAACAACGAAGUGAGAAAGUUUGAAAAUGCAAGUUUGACUAGUCUCUGAAUUCUAGAUGAACAAACAUUUCCUAAGUACUUCCCAAAUCUGAUAGGUGUUUAAAAUUAUCCUAUGCUUUAAGAAUAGAUAACAGGAAAAAGAAUCUCUUGAAUGCACUUAAAGCAUUCCUUCAAAUAAUUUGAAAUGAGAUGGAAAUAUCACUGGACUAUGAGGACUGGAUAUCUGUUUUUAGAAGUCUGAUUUUAAGCAAAUCACUGUCUGUUUAGUGUUGAAUCAUCUCAAAGAACUAACUUCACAGCUGUGUGACAUAGUCAGUUUACAUGCUGACACACCAGUUCUCAAGCUCAGCACGGUCUGUAACUGUUUUACAUGGAUUAAUAUCUUCACUGCCAGUCUUAGGCAAAUUGUGCAAGAGGUAAAAUGUAUAUUCCAGUAUCCAUUCUCCAAUUUCAGGACUCCCUCCAACAUUAUACUGGCUUUCAGCCUGUUUCCCACGUCCAUGACUUAGCGUAGUUUUAAUAAUUUCCCCCUCACUUUAAACUUUGUUCUGCUAUGGACAAUUUCAUGAACUCUUAAGAUCGGUGCAUCAAAGCUGCCCUAUGGCGUUCUUCCCUAGGACUUAAAAUAACAGGCACUGUAGUGGGAUUUGAAUUAAUAGCUGGUUUUCAGGGCCACUCCAGCAGUUCAGUCUCAGUCCUUUGGACAUCAUUCCUGCUGCCCAGUCCACAGUGCCUCAGUAGGAAUUUUAAACUUUAGUGUGAACACACAGAACACAGUCCAGUGGAAGGGGAGCUCAAUCUUCAUCUAGCCAUCAUCCUGGUGAUAGAUUCUAUUGUUUUAAUAAAUACAGUCUAACAGUGAAAAAUACUUCAAAGUUUGUAUCAUGAAGCUCUCUUUUUUUUUUUUAAAACUAGAAUUUAUUUUACUCAGCAUUCAGUGCUUUUCAUAUUCUGGGCAUUAGACUAGGCACUGGGGUGGGGGUGUGGUAUCCCAAAGAAGGGACACAAACCUUGGCCAGUGGUAUAUAGCAUGAUCUAUACUACUACUAAGUAAGGCCUAUGGCAUGACUUAGAAAUUAUGAAAUACAUGAUUUUAAUUUUGCAGAGAGGGUUUGGGUUCCUACAAUUAUUUUCCCCAGUUCAGUAAGAAUUUUUGCUGUGAGUCCAAUGCAACUUUUUAAUCAACCUUCUUUAUUAAUUAUUAAUUAUUUCCUUUUUCUAAAGGAACAGAAAUUCCCUAAUCUACUUUUUUGAAGUGUUCUAAACUGUACGUGUUCAUAGAACAUUCUUUGGGUGGACUUUAAAUCUUAUAAUGCAGUUAGUAUAUACCUCUCAUUUCUAUAGAGAGGAACAUGGGUCCUUCAAGAGCUGCAGUGCGUACUCAGAUAGGUUCAGUGUUUCUGGGCAAUGUGGUAAAGUAGUGGUAAUUACCACUAUGUAAAUUCUGAAUUGUGUCACUGAAGGGUUUUGUAGAGUUUUUUGUUUGUUUUUGUUGUUGUUGUUGCUGUUUUUUAUUAAAAGGGAAAGAAGCCUAGAAACAAUCAUGUUACCUAAUUACUGCAGCCUUAAAGUCCUUGUUGAAGUUGAAAACCAAUGCUAAGUUACAGUCAUAGGCAUUAACAUGUUUGUGGGAAGACUAUAGCAGGCAAAUACAAUUUGAGUAAAUAUUUUCAUUAGGGAAUUCUAGGCUCUACUGACUGAGUCACACUGCAUAGGAAUUUAGAUCCUAACUUUUAUAGGUUAUCAAGACCUUUGCCACCAUUGCACAAUUUCGUCCUAACAUACAUACAAGUUCUGUGAGGCAUGUCAGGAACAGUUUGCACAAAUUCAUCUCAUUUUGUAUCCCACUAAAUUUUUCAUUUUCCCCAAACAAUAAUAUAUACAUAUAUGUGUGUGCGUACAUAUAGCAUAUAUACGUGUGUAUACAUAUAUAUGUGUGUGUAUACAUAUAUGUGUGUGUAUACAUAUAUAUGAAGGGAUUUUUUUGUAGGCAAUAAAAAUUUAACUGAUUUCCAUUUGUUGAAAGUAGUGAUUUCUUGAUAAUUGUGUAGUCAUUUUUUUAAAACCCAAAAGUUAUUUAAAGGUGAAUUUAUACUUAAGAACUUCUGUGUAAUACUGCGUAGCAUGAAUUCUGCAUUGAAAAAUUGAACAGAUAUACCCAAUAGCUGUAAAUUGUCAAAACAUGAAAAUUUAUUUCUAAAGAAGUACAUUAGUUUUCAAAGAAUAGUUAUUAAUUAGAUUCAGAUUUGUGGUUUAGUUCAAUAGUUUGAAGUGCCUGUUUGGGAUGGUGGUAGGCAUUUUAGAUGAAUCUGGGAAAAAUGAAGUUCUACAGAAAUGCCAGUUUCAGACUCAACUCCAGCCAGCUGAGUGGGCUAUGUGCUGUUUUAUCUCCUGGUCCCCCAAUUCCACUGUCUCAUGUCUUCAAUGUUGAAAACACUUCUGCAUUUUUAUUUGAGUGCCAAUUUCUUACUAGUGCUAUUUCUUAAUGUAACAUGUUUACCUGGAAUGUAUGUUAACUAUUUUUGUAUAGUGUAAACAUGCACAUUUUGUACAUUGUGCUUUCCUUCCUUCCUUCCAUUCCUUUUCUUUCUUGUUUUGUUUGUUUGUUUGUUUGUUUGUUUUGGGACAUAUGCAGUGUGAUCCAGUUGUUUUCCAUCCUUUGGUUGCUCUGACCUAGGGAAUGUUGGUCAUAUCAAACAUUAAACUUAAAAGUGACCACUCUUAAUUAAAAUUAACUUUUAAAUGUUUAUAGGAGUACGUGCUGUGAAGUGAUCUGAAAUUUGUAAUAUUUUUGUCAUGAACCGUACUGCUCCUAAUCAUUGUAAUGUAAUAAAAAUAGUUAUGGUGACUAUGAA